CAACACUCCACCGACCACCGGCCCACCGCGCGGUACGCUUACACCGAGCGGACGCUGUAGCUGCCGCCACCGACUGCUGCGUCGUAGUGUCGUCCUCGUGACUUUUCCCCCGCGCACGUUUCUCGUUACAUCGCCGUCGCCGUCACAUAUUAUCGUCAGUACUCAGUUGCGGCGCAAUUAGUGUGCACUCGUGACGUGAGCGUUUCGUCGCGUGCUUCUGUCUGGUGUGUGUGUGUGUGGUUUAUCCGCGAUUUAAUUUUGUUAUAAUAAUGUGUACAUGUAUGCAGUUCAACAUAUUUUAAAAACAUACACCGCGUAUAAUAUAUGUACGAUGCGUAUAUAAUUAUUACUUUUUCGUGUUUGAACAAUAUUUAAACUAUUUUUUUUUUUUUUUAAAACGUUUUUUUUUUAUUGUUAAUAUUUGUUUUCCCUUUAUGUUUACACUCUGUCGUACUUGGUUUAGGUAAAACACGUUAACCGGUUUCCCGUGUAAGUUUAAUUUUUUCGUAUACAAGUGUACGACUUCCGUUCGUCGUUUUGAAAAAGGAAAGAGACGUACGUCUUGAGAGCCAUCAUGGAUUACGGUUUGGAGCCGUUGCAGAGGGCCAGGUCAAACACUUGGCCCUUGCCCAGACCGGACGCCGAGGACGGCGGGCCCCAGAUGCCCGAGGGCAGCCCCCCGCAGUUGUUGGACAUUAUCACCGACGUGGGUGGAAACGGCAGCAGUGGCGGUACCGUUGGCGGCGUACCGUCGCCGGGCUCCGGGCUGCACCCGCCGCAACAGCAGCAGGGCGGUGGCAUGGUCACCGGGGCGGUCAAGAAGACUUCCAGCCGGCGGAACGCCUGGGGUAACCAGUCGUACGCGGACCUUAUCACGCAGGCCAUCAGCUCGGUGCCGGAACAGCGGCUCACGCUGUCGCAGAUCUACGAGUGGAUGGUGCAGAACGUACCGUAUUUCAAGGACAAGGGCGACAGCAACAGUUCGGCUGGAUGGAAGAACUCUAUACGUCACAAUCUGUCACUUCACAGCCGGUUCGAGAAGAUCCAAAACGAGGGCACCGGCAAGUCGUCGUGGUGGCAGAUAAACCACAACGCGAGCCGGACGACCGGCAAGUCCAGGCGCCGCGCAGUGUCCAUGGAGACGCCCAAAUUUGAGAAGAAACGUGGGCGCGUUAAGAAGGUCGUCGAGGCCAUUCGCAACGGUCUGCAUCCCGAAAACACGCCUAGUCCUAGUUCUUCGAUUUCCGAAAACUCCGACAUGAUACCCGUGUCACCCCUCAGGGGAUACCAAUUCAGUCCUGACUUCAGAGCGCGGGCUUCGUCGAACGCUUCGUCCACCGGCCGUCUGUCACCGAUAUUCAGCGAGCAGCUCAGCACCGCCGACUACGGCCUGGACUCGGUGGCCGAACAGGGCCAGGCCGACCAGCUGGCCGGCUCGCUGGCACAGGCCGUCCGGCUCUCUCAGCCGCUGCAGACGCUCGAAAGCUACAGAGACGUGUUCUUGGACAACCGUCCACCCCCACCGCCGUACAGUAGCUUAUCGAUCCAGUCGUGUUCUAUCCACGGUUACCAAGGGUGUUCGUGUUUCAACCUCAACCAGCUCCAGAACACUUACAUAAAACAGGAGUGUAUAUCGUUCGACAACAUGUUGAACGACCAGCAGGAUGACAACAUGUCGGCCACCGUGGUCGGACAAAUAAUGGGCACGUCACAUUUGUCGUUCGACGAGCUCAACAUAAACUUGGACAAAUUCCCGCCGGUCGAGUGCAACGUGGACGAGGUGAUCAGCCAUGAAGUUAGUCUGGGCGGCUGCUUGGACUUCAACAACUUCAAUCCACCGGCACAACCGCAACCGUCGGUAGCCACCACGCAGACACUGGCGUCCGUCAGUCACGACCAAUCGUCGUUCACCUCCGGACACCAUUGGGUACAUUGAACAGUUGAAACAAAUGUCUGUGUUCUAUGGGAAAUAUUAAAGACAAAUCUAUGAAAAUGUUUUAAUUAUGUCACCCAGAUAAUUUAUGUUAAUUUUCAAUGUUAUAAUCAUUAUAAGUAAUAAUACAUAAAAUAUUAUUAUUAAAUUAUAUAUACAUAAAAAAAAAAUGUGUUCGUUUUAAAGUAACAACUAUUUUAUACAUUCUACUAUACACAUAUUUGCUAUGCUAGGUUAAUAUUAUAUUUUAUUACAUGUACAUGUUGAAAUAUAUUACUUGUAUAAACCCAUAUAUUAUAAUAUAAGAGGUAUAUAAUUUGUUAAAAUUAGUUUAAUAUUUGUUGUAGUUUUAAAAGUUCAUGUAAUAGUUAGAUAUAUAUUGUUAUUUAGAUAAUUCAAUGUUAAAUACUUAUUCAUUAAAAAAUAUGUUUUGAGUUAGCUUGUUAUAGCUUGAGCGAUUCCAAGUUUUAACUAUAAUCAAAAAUCUUAAGUUAACUCUUUAGUCUAAGUAUUGUAAAUAGGUUUGCUCAGAAAAAUAAUGUCUAUCCCACAUCCACAUUAUUAUUAAUUUAUAUUUUAUACGUACAUAGUAGAUACACAUGUUUGAUUAACAAAAAUGUCGGCUACACUCUGUGUAUGCAAUUCAAGGACAAUUUCCAUUUACUUACUCAGAAUCAUAUAUUUAUACCUUAUUCGAGUUAAUCUUGUUUAAUAUACAUAAACAGGCACAUAUAUAAAUGUGCCUGCAUGAUCACGUAUGGGUGUGUUUUGUAUAUAUAUUAUAUAUAUAUAAGUAUAUUGUGUAUGUUAUCACUUAUCUUGGAGUGCUGAGUAAUAAAGACUGAUUGUCUUUGAAAUGAUUGGAUUUUUCUUUUAUUAUUAUUAUUAUUAUUAUUAUUAUUUUGUUAUUGUUUAUUGUGUAUAUAAAAAAAUAUCAAUGGAAAGUAUUUGCUAGUAAAAAUGUUUAUUUUCAUCAAACAAAUUAUAAUUAAUUAAAAGAAUACAAAAUUAUUUUACAUUUUUGUGCCAUAAAUAUUAUAAUAAACAUAUUUUCACAAACAGUGUAAGUAUUUACUAUUUUUAUAACUGUGCAACAAAAAAUAUUUAAUGUUAAUAUUUGUAUGUAUAUACACUUGCAUACAUACUUAUAUUUAUAUUUUUUGUUCAUUUAACUCAUUUAAAUGAAUAUGCCAGUGCCUUUGAUCUCAAAAAGAUAUACCUCCAAAACAAAAACAUAAAUAACAUUUUCAAAUAUGAGUAGCUUUUGUGUUUAAUUAUGAUUAUAUACAUUACAUACAUAUAUAAAAGCAUAUACUUGAACUUAUAUAUUUAUAUUAAUUAAUAAUACACAUAACAUAUACAUUUUAAGGUAAAUGGAUGUAAAAAAUAACUUUUUUUGUAUAUAAUAUGACAAAAAAGUGUAGAAGUUUGUUUGUUUGUUUGUUUUGUUUUUUUUUUUUGCACAAAAUUGUUGUUAUCCGUACAAGCUCAAUGUGUAUAAGCAAACUUUAGUGUGCUUAAAUAAAUGUGAUAAGCUUAUUUUGGGGAAUUAUAUUGUACAAGGUAUAAGAUGAUGAUUUUUUUUUCUAUAGAUGCUAAUGAAGUGAUAAAUAGAAUAAAUUUGUUUUAGCGAUUCUAACUUUUAAUAAUUGAUUAUUAUUAUAUUAUUAUUAUGAAAUAUGAUUAUUACUUUAUUAUUUAUUAUCUACUAAAAACAACAAAUGUAAAUACAAAAACGUAUUUGAAAUGUAAAUUUACUGAUGUUGCUUCUUUUUAAUGUGUCAAUUUAAUACGGAUUAUUUAUUGUUAUGGAUUUACGGAUAAUUUGAAUAUAUUUGACCAACUGUUUUGUAUUUCAUCUCUUAUGUAUUUAACUUUUCAUAAAAUAGUGUAAAUGUUCAUAAAUAAUAAAGCAAACUGCCUUUA